AUGGCUCCCUCGGCUAGGGCACCUAAGCCCAAGCCGUUGCUCACAGUGCAAGCUCCUGUGAGUUGGCAAAAGAGCGUGUUGGCGACUCUCGAUACUGGUUUCUCCCCCGUCGACACCUCAAAGCUGAAGAGCCCGCUGAGGGCCUUCAACAUUAACAUGAUUUCUGACCUCGAAAUCGGUUCCCCCAUUGAUUCCUCCGAGGUCGAGAUCCAGAGCCCUCUCAGAGCCUUCAGCAUCAACCUUGCUUCUGACGACGCGCCUGGCUCCCCCAUCAACCCCUCUGAUCUGAGAAGUCCCCUUAGGGCUGUCAGCAUCACAACGGGACCCGCCUUAUCGUUUGAGGAGGCUUCCAAACAGGAAAACUUUAUCGUAGCCGACGAAGAGAGAAUCACACUGCAACAACCCGGAGCUCUCCCUACGCCUCCUCCCGAGUUCUCCAAGAACACCGAGAUUGCCCACAAGAUUAUGGAUGUCUUCCAGAAGUACGGAAGACAUAUUCUGCCAGAGGGAGAAACAGACGAUACCUGGAUCGGCCGCAAGAUGUUUCUGCCCCGCGUGGAGCAAUACAUCAGCGACAACGUUCCCAUCAAGAUGAUCAUUCCUUCGUUCCCGUGGAAGAGUAUCAACCGCCAAGACAAGGUUAUUGGCGUUCUACCCGACUUGGGCGAAGACCUAGCGCUUGCGAGGCUGAAUGCCCUCUGCGUCGAUAUCGGAAAGGUCUACCAGGGCGGCGCUGAGGUCCACAUCGCCACAGAUGGCUUGGUGUUCAAUGAUGUGGUCGGCAUCUCGGACGACGAGACAUGGGAGUACGGAUCUACUCUCAUGGACAUGGCCGCUAAGAAAGGCUACAAGGGCAUCAAGCUGCUCCGCGUCAUGGACUUCCUGGGCAUGACGGACGGCCUGGGACCAAUGACCAAGGAGCAGUACAUGGAACAGGUCGGCGAGGCCCGCCAGCAGCUCGAAUCCCAGUUCGGCAACGCGCUGGAGGAGGUUCGCAAGAUGAUCGACACGGACAACGACACGCUCAUGACCUACCGCGGCUUCAUCCGCUUCCUCGAAGUUGAUCUGCGGAACAGUCCCGUCGCGGCGCACGCCACUUCCGGCCACAAGUACCGCAAGGUCGUCAAGGAGGUAGCCAUGAAGAUGAUGAUGCGCGCCGAGUCGUUCACAAAGAUCAUCCUGGCCACCUGCCCCGACUACGUCCGUCUUUCCAUCCACCCGUCCAGUGGUGCCGUUAAGCUGUCGAUGCCUCUGCUGGUUGAGAAGCACAACCCUGAUGGCUUCCCUCGCACGCCCUGGCACAGCUGUAUUGCCGUCUCCGUGGAUGGCGGUUACCGCUCUCUGCACGCCCGUGACGUCCGGAAUACCCACGACCUGAUCAUGAAGAACGGUCAGCCUUGGUGCUUCCGUGAGAAGUCCGAGCUCUUUGAACUCGGUGACAACGUCGAGAUUGAGCAUCUUUACCCCAGCGGUAUCGAGGUUCGGCCCAAGGAUGCCGGAUCCGGCUCCGUCAACUUGGGCGAUGCAGCAAAGGAGAAGUUGACGAAGCUUGCCAAGCUGCAGCCAGUCAGGGCUGUCGGCUUCGCUGAUGCUUCAAAGUUUUAG